AAAACGUAACUAGUAUAUUUAUAUUAUUAUUUAUAUGAUUAAUGAUUGUAAAAGGCUUUUACUCAUUCUCCAAAUUAAGAUGCUGACACCAUCUCAGAUUCAGCUCAAAAGCAUCAAAGUGAAGGUCUUGGAAGUGAGCCAGAGACAGAAAAGAUAAUUAUGAUUGAAACAGAAGGGAGGGAGGCAGAAAGCAAAGAGGCAGAAGCAGAACAAGAAUAUAUGGAGAGUGAGGCAGCCACAGCAAGAGAUAAAGAAACAGAAGAUUAUGAGUUUUUGAUUCAGUUACAAAAUCCAUCAGAUCCUGCCCAUGUAAAGAAAUACAACAUAGAGUACAAUGUGGCCUUCACAAAAUUUUUUAAUUCAGUAGGACCAUGUCAUCCAAUUUUAAAGUUUUCCAAAAAUGAGAAAGGAUGGUCAUUUCAGGGCCAGUGGUAUGAGGAACAUCCCUGGUUAGAAUAUUCUCCGGAGAACAAUGCAAUGUACUGUUUCAGCUGCAGAGUUUUUAUGAAUGAUGAAAAAUAUAAGAGCAGGACAGGAUGGAAGUCAGUUGGGGUAUGUCAGUGGAAGCAGGCUAAAGGGAAAAUGAAGGAGCUUAGCAGAACAGAGGCACACAUGCUAGGCAUGAUUCGGUGGAAUGCUUUUAAAAGAAAGGCAUUGGAUACAGCUUUGGAAAAGGCUGACUAUGUAGCACAAGCAGCCAAAGAAAGAGAAAGGCAAAACAACAGAGAAAUUAUCUCCAGAUUGAUUGACAUUAUACUGUACUUGGCAAAACAAGGCAUGGCCUUCAGAGGUGAUAAUGAAAGUCUCUCAAGUUCAACCAAAGGAAAUUUCUUAGAGCUUGUGGAAUUGCUUGCCAAAUAUGACUCACAGGUGUCUCUCCUCUCCAACAGAAUACAAAAUGACCUAAUUAAAGCAAUGGCUACAUAUGUGAAACGGGUCAUACUGAAGGAAUUGAGGGAAGCAUCAAGAUUCUCUAUUUUGCUUGAUGAGAGUACUGAUGUUUCACACGUUGAACAGGUGUGCUUUGUGGUAUGUUAUGUACAUGACAUGACCAUAAAAGAACGCUUCAUUCAGCUCUGUGAUAUUCAAUCUACAACAGGAGAAGAGCUUGAAAAUCUUGUGUUGAACAUACUGAAGGAGAACCAGCUGAAAGUUGAUGACAUCUGUGGCCAGGGUUACGAUGGAGCAGCAAAUAUGAGCGGACCAUACAAAGGACUACAGUCCAGAAUACUACAACAAAAUGAAAAAGCCUUAUAUGUGCAUUGCCAUGCUCAUUGUUUGAACCUUGUGUUAGUGGAGAGUGCAAAGUCAAGCAUACACUUUCUCAAUUUUUUUUUUUUUAGAGUAGUUGAAAAACUAUACACCUUCAUUGCCAAUUCCACAAAACAACAUGCAGCAUUUUUCCAAACGCAGCAAACCAUGAAUCCAGGCCAGCAUCCCCUUGAGUUACAGAAGCUCUCAGACACCUGAUGGAGCUGCAGGGAAAGAGCCCUGAAGACUCUCAAAAAAUGCCUCCCUGCAGUUGUACAAUUCCUUGAAGAUCUGACAAAGUCUGAGCCACCUGAUCCAGCUGCAGGAGAAGCUAACAUGCUUUUGCAUAGCAUUAACUUUGAAUUCCUCCUUUGUUUGGAGAUAACUAUUUUUAUGGAAACAGCAGUUGCUUCAAAUGUUCUUCAGCAGCAAAACCUGGACUUGGCAGCAGCAUACACUGUUGUAAAUGGUUUCAUUAGCAGAAUGAACACACAGAGGAACGAAGAGCAAUUCAGGGAAAUAUAUCACAAUGCUACCACUCAAGCAGAGGCAGGUGGAAUCAAAGUGCCUGAGGUAAUUCCAGGGCAAGCAAGAUGGUGAAAAGUACCUGCAAAAUUUAAGUACUGUUCCACAUCAGCAACAGAGGACCAACAGUCACAGACUUUAGAGGAGUACUACAGAGGAAAGAUGUACUUCACUUUUUUGGAUUCCCUGAUUCAGGAACUCCAGAGACAAUUUCAAGGGAAAGGGAACACUGACAAAAUCCUUACAUCAAUGAAAGGCUUGCUUGACACAUCAAAGUGGAAAGAUACUUUAAAUGAUGAAGCACAUAAUGCUGCCUAUAGUCUGUGUGAGUUUUACGGUUUUCAGGAGGAGGAGGAACAGCUGCAAACUGAGCUUAGAGUUUUCCACUCUUCAUACACAUGCUCACAAAAAAGUGCCCAUGCAAUGUUGAAAACAUUCAAAGAAUUUGAUGCCCAUGUUGUGUUUCCAACACUUUUUAUGCUGCUGAAAAUCUUUGCAACAAUACCAGUCUCAACAGGUACUAUAGAAUGCACAUUCUCAAAGAUGAAGCUGGUAAAAGCUAAACUUCGUAAUCUGUGUGGACAAGAAUGACUCUCUGAUCUUCUGCUUCUGGCCAUUGAGAAGGACAUCUCAAUAAUAAAA